CUAGACAUGCGAGACUAAACCUGAGAAGCCGAUCUAACUUUGGCAAAGGAUGUUGAUCCACAGAGGCUGCCACCAUCAUCCGCGAUUAUCUCAAGGAAGAUCUACUCCACAGUUUGAGCCUUCCACAUCAAAGCCUGGGAACAGCAGGCCUUUCAGUUGCAGACGGACGAAGUGGCAGCGUGCUGUCUGUGCUGAUGAAGGCAAAGAGCGCCCUAGUACUAGCAGGCAGCCAGACAUAACUGACAGGCGAAGCAUUGUGCUCAUGGCAGCUGCUUUACCGCUGCUGCACCCACGGCAAUUAGAUGCACAGGUGCUCCAGAGCUUUUCAGAGCCUGCCAGGACACUUCCACAAGGCUACGAGGAAUUUGCUGGGAAGCUGGCAGCAGCACUCAGAGAAGCCAUCGAGACAGAUCUGAGCGAUGCAGAAGAGCGGCAGGUCAGAAAGAAGGCGGAUCCAGCCAAGAAUCUGGUGAAAGGGUGGCUCUCUGAGUGGAAGGAUGCACAGGGAGUUCAGGGAGAAGCUUCAUACACACAGUUAUCAGGGACCAUAAAGGAGCUAGGGGAGUUUUACAGGAAGAAAGGGCAGAGGGCGCGGCUGCCACGAUCUCUAGGCAAUGAGCUGCUCGCCAAACUAGCGGCUGCUGAGAAUGCGCUGCCGCUUCCCGGCUCGGCAGAUGGGAAGCAGAACAUCUAGCUGGUCAUUAUGCAACGUGCAGCGUAAGCGUAUUUUUUCAUUACAGGGUCUUUUGAAUCUCACCCUGAGGAGGUAGCUUCUGUACAACCUGAAUCUCAGAAGCGGCAGGACUGCUACUAACGUACUACUUCUGAAAUGCGUCAGGAAUUGUGUAAUACCAACUUUCAAGUCGAA